AUGGCCACCAUGACCGCCGAGCAGCUGCACUGCUGCGUUGUCUUGUUUGAGGUCAUGGCGACACGUUAUCCGGUUUUCAGACUCGAAUACGGGCGUUUUCAGCAGAUGGCAAUAGAUAGGCUCUGCGCCAUGUCGUCAGUUGAUCAGCCUACAAAUAAUUCGUUGCGCGAACCACCACCGCCGGGUAAUGGUUCAUCUGAAACUGCCGUCCGCAAGCUUAGCAGUAAGGUGCAACGCGUGUACCGUCGGGUGUACCCCUAUUUUGAAGCUGUGAAUAUUCGUCUUGGCACAAGCAGAGCUAACACUGCGCACCUUGUCGACGCCGCGGCUUGCAUCCAACGCCAGCAUUCGUCUUGUGCAUCGUUUCAAUGGGAGCAAUAUAACGCUUUAUGCUCGAACGUAAAGCAGUUACUUCGGAACGCGGAACUGUUUUCACUCCAGAGCACGAUGGAUUUCGUGGCGCUGUUGCACCGUAACGCUUCGAUGAACCACGACGCUGUACAUUUGGAUUCCGAGCAGGUCCAUGUGCUCGCAAAAAAGCUGGCUGAACUAAACAUAGACUCAUAUAUGGUGAUUCCAAAGGAGGAUGGCGAGUUUCCACUGCCUGAUCAUGUGGAUCAGUGCGUGACCAAGUUGUUUGCAGUCUGUCUUGAGACCCCUCCCCUGACGAGCUUGACCGACUGUCUUCUGGCACUGAUUGAAAGGGAGAUGCUAAACGAUCAUUUGAAAUUGCUGUUGAUACCCUACGUUUCAAGCUGCAUUUCGCAAAGUCAAUGCCGUAUGGAAGACCUGCUGUUAUUGGUUCCGCACCGCUGGCUACAGCAUCCCAACUGGUUGCCUUUUUGGGUGGUCUAUAUGUCGGCGCUUUUGAACUCACCAAAGGGUCAAAAUGCUGGCAACAUUGAGUGUCUGAGCCGAGCUUGUGAUACGGUGUCGAGAUAUUUAUCAGAUCUAUCGCUGGAUAUGUCAGAGAGCAACACAGGAACGGUUCCGGAGUCGGGUGCUGUGAUCGGCACGGUAGACGAAGCGCCUUCCACGGUUUCAUCGCCGCACAGCGAUGAAUUAAAUGGUGCAUCCCGAAUGUAUCGUUGGCUGGGCCAGCUGGAUGAGGUUCGACUGCUGAACAUCACGGACACCGAAGACGUCGACUCCACGUCGUCAUUGUCAACAUUGCUUGAAAAGCGGUUCGGAGUUCCAUCGCACCAGGAAGGCAUAUUAGGCGGAUUCAUCGCAAAUCUCUCGAAGCUGCAGGCGACGUUUGGUGCAGCCAUACAGAGCGAAUCAUCACCCAGUAAUAAAACGUCUGCAACGGCAUCGCGCAGACGGGCUGUACGCCACACGGAUAACAAUGCGGGAGUCAACUUCCAAUCAUCGCAAAACGGACAUAAGAAUGCCAACAAAUAUUAUGUCGGGACGUUAAUGCCAGAUCGCAAUUUCACCGAAACCGCUGCGGUUUCGAAAGACAAUAGUACGCAAUUCGGCGUGUCUUCAGCGGCAGCGCAGACAACGCUUGGUGACACUGACGAUACAUGUUCUGAACAUUGCAGAACAGCUGGAGAGGCGGAAAACAGCCUAUCCGAGUUGCAGCAUGCGCACAAUAUCCUGGGAGUGCGCAUCAGCAUUCUGCAGCGCCAGCUGGACAGUAUAGUUUAA